AUGUCCAGCAUUCCUUCACUGGCCGCACUCGAGGCGAUGGAUCUCCGACCGAAAUACAAGAACAAUUGUGGUGCUUGCCGAAAGCGUAAACUCAAGUGCGAUCGCGUCAAGCCUUGCGCAACGUGCGUGCUGAGGGACAUUUCAGAUCAGUGCUUUGUCGACGAGCCAGAACCUACGCCACCUCUGCGACCUGGCUUCGCAUCUCAUGCAGCGCAUAAGAGAUUGAGAACCAGCGACGCGGAGCAUGCUGGAUCGAGUCAUCAUGUGCCGUACAGGAGCUCAGCUCACGUGGGGUCGAGUGGAGCAGGGGGAGGACAGACAGUAGUCGGGGGCUCACCAUCCAGCGCGAGCGCCAGCACACCUCCCAGCGGUCAUCAUCGAGACACGGUCCUAGAGAGUGUACAGGCUCAACUUGCGGACACUCAGCGUCAGCUCCUUACGCUCAGCCAAUCUUUGGCCACACUUCAAUCGGAUCGCCUCCGAGUAGCAAUUCCCCCCACAGAGUCGUCGGACGACGAUGCUGCUGCCGGAAUAUCAUGGCAAGCGCUGUCCCCCCUUCUUCCACCCCUAGAAGCUUGCCACACCCUCGUCGAGCGAUUUUUCGUGGAUGCGAUUUGGUACAUACCCGUCAUCCACAAGACUUCAUUCGUAGAACGUGUCUGGAUACCCUUCGCCUCUGGAAGAGCUGCAGUCACUAGACCAUUGGCAGCCGUCAUAUGCCUCGUUUUGGCUUACCCGCUGCAGCUUUGUCCAGAUCAGUCAGACAUCACGCGGCACAAGAGCCUUGGGGAUGCGUGCGAUAUUGUGGAUCGCCUGGUGCGGGAAGCGUUCAAGCUGACUGCCAACCAAAAGGCUGCUUGGGGACCCUUCAAAGCGCCUCAAUGCGAUCUGCCUCUAAUCCAAGCGCUGCUUCUGCAGCUCGUGUUCCUGUCUAUAGUCGGCUCUAUGGAUCCUGCACUUCCUCUUCAAGCAGAAAUCAUUGCCCGCGCACACUACGCCGGAUAUUUUCGCAUUGCUGGCAUGCCUCCGUUGAUCAAUCCCGGACUCCCUUGGGACGAGCGUGGAGCACCCAAGGUGCCUGACGCCCGCGACGAGCGCUUCUCGGACGAGCGAUCAGAAGGAGAAAAGUUGCCCAUCCUCACAGGCGAGAUGCCUGCUGGGUCCGCGUUGGAGACAGAGUAUCGAAGAAGAAUUGCAUGGACAUGCUUCUGCCAUGCCGGAUGGUUUGCGCUGGUCACCUCCACACAGCCGCUCAUCAGCACGUCCGACUUCUUUGUCCCUCGACCGACCUUCCUCACAGACGAACAUUUCGAUCCUCUGACUGGUCAGGUGCUCACCGAGAUUUCGCAAGAAGCUAGAGCGCAAGGAUCACGACAAUCAGAUGCUGAUGGAUAUUUGGAUCCAUUUGCUGACUACCUGUUCGGAACCCUCGAAAGCUCCUUCGCCACGCGACGUGUCGCAGACUUUUUCCAAAAGUUGCCAUCGAUGAGCGCAUUGGAGCGUCACGAGGCGGUGCGAAUCCAUGAGAACGCAUUUGAGCAAUUCGUCACCGCUUCAGGCAAUAACCUCGCUGCUAUCGAGAAACAAUGGAGGAAAGGCACAGAGAUAGGCGCUAGAUGUGCAGUGGGUGGCCUCAUCGUAUACACCUCGCAACGCUUCUUCAACGUGUUGCUAGGCAAGGUCGUCAUGCAGGAUUCGGAAGCACCGCCGGAUAUUCGGUUCAAGUCCUUGGAGCACGCAAGAAACCUUUUCGAGAUGAUGCCGCUUAUGAUGGAGAUGGCGUCGGAUCCCACUGUUCCCUUUCAUUCUGCAUGGUGUGCUACCCACGUGUUCCACGCCGCAACAGCUUACGCGAUCGCCAUCUUUAUCCGGCGCGCUUCUGUGGAUCCGAGCAAUCCGGGAAGCGAUGGCACGCCGAGCCCGCACGAAGUGGACGAGGAAGUGAGAUGGUUCAAGAACAACAUUGCAGAGACACUCAGGAUUCUGCGCACCUUGGGCACCACAAAUCCUACCGCCAAGAUCUGCGAAGAGCUUCUCCAGGCUCUUUGCGACUCGCGCGAGGAGCUGGAACUGAGCGUCACUUUCAGCAGAAAUGUCGUGCAGCAACAUCGCAUUGAUCGAGAAAGACGACAUGCGCAAAAGACUCGCUCCACCCUUCUCUCUACUCAUAGCCCAUCUUUGACGAGAGGACCCUACAAUCUGUGCAGCCUGCUCGCGCCAGUGGAAACCUUGCCAGGCACACAGAAUCGACCGCCGUGGUUGUCGCGGUCCUCUGCUGCUACCCGUCUGGAAGCAAGAUCCAGCGUUGCUAAAGUGGCAGAAGCUGUCACUGCUCAGCGCAGCACGGACUUCAUUGCGGAUCUCGCAAGCAACAGCAGACCAUUGGGGGAGAGAGGCCGCGCAACGCAAAGAGGCGCCAAUCCCCACCACUCGGCAGCAUCUUUGAUGCCCUCGGCUUCCGCGACAGAUGUGCCUGCCAGGCUCACAGCUCGCCGUCUGAGUGCUGCCACGGCAACGAACAUAGACCAUGCCUCUUGCUCUUCGCCAGCUUCUGAGCAGGGCCCGUCUCUUGAAGUUGUUGGGCAAAGGCCUGCACGGCUCGGCGACCGUGGCAGCGAGCAAAGUAGGAACGUGCCUGCUCGCCCUUCUGAAAGCGCUGCUGCUAAUUCCAACGCCAAUUCCGGCGAGACGAGCGGUUCGAAGACUACCUCUUCCCUCAUCUCUGCCCAAGACUGGUCUAAUUGCCCCUGGAUCUACCGAGAAGACUUUUGGCACGACCUUGUGCUUGCCAGUUCCAGCCUCGGCGACGCGGACGUUUCGACUGCGCCCAAUGCGUGA